ACUUAUGAUCCUUGCACCAUGUUGUAAGGGAUCCCUUGCACCACGGAGCCCUUACCAUAACACUGGCCUUCGAGGGCACCCGCCGCAUAGUCCGCUCGCUGCCUGCACACUACGACCCUCAACACUCGCCUCCACCAUCACUUGCAGGCAAUACAAGUUGCAGCAGUCAAAACCUGUGAUGCAAGAUGGCGUUAAAACAGGUUCAUCAGAUUUCUCUUUGGGAGAAUGAUAAGGUGGCUCCUAUCCUAGCUGGAAUACGCUUGGCCCCAGGAAGUGCAGAGUAUGAAGAGGUUAGCUUGCAGCCUACAUCCUCUCCAAGCAAAGAGCACUGUGCCAUAGGCCUCCCAAUGUUUCAACGAAGCUCACCAACAACAAAAAUGGAAAUGCGAUGCUCUUACUGCCAGACCACUUUCAGCCACCGCCAAGAACAAGUCGAUCAUUACCGACUGGACUGGCACCGCCGUAACCUUCAUCGUGCCAUGCAAGGAAAAUCUUCCCUUAAUGAAGAACAGUUUCAAAAUGAAUCAAGUGAUGUUUCCAGUAUAUCGGGAUCAGAAGAUGACUUGAGUGAAGAUGAAGACGGCAACAAUGAUGAGGCGGUCAAAGACAAUGAAGAGACUACGCCUGUAUUAAGAAGACAGGCACGGAUUUUCUUUGUGAAUGCAGAUGGUCUUGUUAUAUCGCUCUUCAGGAAUAUUUUAUUUAGUGCAAAGUGUGAAAUAAAUGGUGAGCAAGAUGUGGUUCAGCGGGUGCUGGCAGCUCCACACAGACAGAGCUGGGCUAUCAUUCUCCUGGGUGGUGGGCAUUUUGCUGCUGCAGUCUUUAAAGCAAAUGAGGUGGUAAUUCACAAAACGUUCCACAACUACACUGUGCGUGCCAAGCAGGGUGGUAACCAAAGUUCAAAGGACAACCAGAGUGCCACAGCUCAUCCCAAAUCAAGUGGGUCAUCUCUUAGGCGCUAUAAUGAGCAGUCACAGCGUCAGCACAUUCAAGAGCUCAUGGAAUCCUGGAAACCACACCUCAAUAAAUGUGACCUGAUAUUCAAUCAUGCCAAACACCAUAACAGAAAUACUUUGUUUGGAGGUAAAAAUCCAAUCCUUGAUAGCAAAGAUGAACGAUUAAGAAAUAUUCCCUUCGCUACCAAGAGGGCGACAUUUUCAGAAGUCAAGCGAGUUUUUGGCCUCUUGUCUGAAAUUUUAGUGCAUGGGACCGAGGAAGAAUUCAGAACGAUGGUGAAAAACUCAUUGGUUGGAGAAGUGAAGCCAAAUGUGAAAAAGAAAAAAGAAACAACUGUAAAAAAAGCUGAAAAGAAGCCAAAAUCUGCAAGGAACAGAUCACCAAAUGAUUUGCCGUCUUCGCAUAGUGAGAGAGAAUCAGAAGGUGAUGAUGACAUAGAACUGGUGACCAGCUUAUGUACAUUAAGCACCAGUGAGCUUGGAGGACGGGAUUGUUCACUUAAAAGUCCUAGAAAGAAAAAGAUAACUGGCAACAAAGCGGCAGAGAAUAAGAUAAUGAAUGAUAAGAGCAAAAGAAGCACCACUUCCAAUAAAAGAAUUAAUGAAGGUUGCCAUCACAAGUCUCGAGUGUGGGAUGUGAUCUACACUGCUUGUAAGACUGGCAGUGUGGAGCACCUUAAAACAGCACUCAAAAUUCCUCCCUUAGAUGAGCCUCAAGGUGAUAUUCUCCCAGAUGAUAUUAUGGAAUCAAUUAAAUGUACUGAAAUUCCAUCCAAUCUUAGUUGUAUUACAUUGGGAAGAAAAGACAAGACAUUGCUUCAUGUGGCAGCUGAAAAUGACCAAAAGGACAUUGUGUGGUGGUUGCUGGAGCAUGGGUGUGACCCUAGUGUUGCAGAUACAGACAAAAUUGUUCCAUUUGAUUGUGCAAGUUACAAGGAGACUCGAAAUGAAUUUCGUCGUUUUAUGGCCCAGUAUCCUGAUAAAUAUGAUUAUAAGAAGGCUAAAGUGCCAAGUGCUCUCACUCCUGAGCAGGAGGCACAACAGGCAGCCAAGUUGGCUCAGAGAAGAAAGGCACAGAGGCAGGCCAAGCUAGAAAGACAAAAAGAAAAGAAGAAGAAAGCAAAGGAGGAGAUGCAAGAGGAAGAAGAAAAGAAGAGGUUUCUUGCAUUAAGUGAUAGGGACAAGAACUGCAGCGAGCAGGUGACACUUCACCACCUCACCAAGGGAGGCACCUAGAAAAUCAAUGAACCAAUACAGACUGCUGCCGGGCUUAAAAGAGAACGAAGCCUCACAACCCGCUGAAUGAACUUCCCAACAAUGUAAACAAAUGAUUGAAUCCCUCAAAACAUGUGUACACUGGUUCACUUCACCCCUCCCAAACAAUUGGGGAGUGAGGCAGGGCCAGGACUGACUAAUGUUGACGUGGGAGCUGGCAGUUCCUGGGGUGCUGCCAUCUGGCAGAGACCAGUUGUAAGUAGGAGAAUUCAAAUAAACUCCUGGGUGGAUCAUUUGCAGUCAUUUGCUUCUUCAUUUUUCCUUUCUUGUGAACCUUGCAGAUAUUGCUUCAUUUUCUAGAUGUUUCCUUUGGUUUCCUGCACUUGUGUGAGGUGGCUAGGUUCAGGAUCUCAUUUCUGGUAGGUUAGUUAGGAAUCCUGGGGCUGAAGUAACUUGUGUUGGAGCUAUCUCUGUGAAAAUAGUUACAGGAAGAGGCGUUUCAUUACAUUCAACACUGGUAUUUUUAAUGUCUCUUCGGUACCAGAGCCAAUGCACUGGGAAGCUGAUGAAGCUGCCUAGGAAAGGGCUUCAUUACAUUUAAUGUUUGAUAUUUUGUUUAAAUAAUUUUUUGGCUUUAAUUCUGAUAUUUGGACAUAUUUUAGUCACAAUAUUCUUUGAUGCUAUUCACUACUAGUAUAGGUGUAACGUCUAUGUUAUUUGUA